UACAAGACUCGACUGAUUUCCGGUCCCCGUCUUGUUUCCCACAACCUACACUACCUGAGGACAGACCUUACCUACCAACCUAGACACCCGGGGCAUCGCUUCUUCUUAAGAAAGGCCUCUCCUCCCUCUUUCUCUCCCACAACCCGACAGUCCCACCCCCAACCAAGCCCGAAACCGCGUCAUUUCCAUUCUUCUUCGUCAGCCGUAGCCAUGUCGUCGCCCUCCGGAUCAUCUCAAGGCGGCAAGCGCAAGAGAAACUCGCUUCGCGUCGAAUCCACACACGACUUUGCUGAGAAUGGCAUCCAGACAUCCUCGCGCGAUGCUUCAGGCGAGGAGGGUGAUACCACAGCCGCUGAGUCGGGACGUCUUCACGCCCGCGGCUCAGCUCCAAUUCCUAAGAGGCAGCGCUCUAGCUCGAACCGUGAUAACACCAUUGACCCUGGUGAGCCCAGCGACACCACCGAGGCCAGUAUCGACAUUGCUGAGCGAGUUGGUCGCAAAGGACGCCAAGCCUUGAAGGAGCUCGAUGAAGAGGAGCAACGCAGAAUUGAGGCUAUGCCCCCUCCUCCCAUUGGCAACCUACAAGACCCUGCUGGUGGCUACAAGACCAACCCUCCCCCUGUUGGACGACCUGUCCGUGUCUACGCCGAUGGCGUCUUUGAUCUCUUCCACUUGGGUCACAUGCGACAACUCGAGCAGGCCAAGAAGGCUUUCCCCGACACAACGCUGGUCGUCGGCGUCACAGGCGAUCACGAAACACACAAGCGCAAGGGUUUGACUGUCAUGUCUGCCGCUGAGCGUGCCGAGACCCUCCGUCACUGCAAAUGGGUCGAUGAGGUUAUCGAAGACUGCCCAUGGGUUGUCACUCCCGAGUUCCUCGACGAGAACAAGCUCGAUUACGUUGCCCACGACGAUCUCCCCUAUGGCGCUGACGAAGGUGACGACAUUUACCAGCCCAUCAAGGCCGCUGGCAAGUUCCUCGUUACCCAGCGUACAGAGGGUGUCAGCACAACUGGCCUCAUCACAAGAAUCGUGCGCGACUACGAGAAGUAUAUUGCCAGACAGUUCAAGCGCGGUACUUCCCGCCAGGAACUCAACGUCAGCUGGCUCAAGAAGAACGAAUUGGACCUCAAGCGUCACGUCCAGGACCUCCGAGAGAACAUCACAAACAACUGGUCCACCACUGGCCAAGAACUUGGUCGUGAGCUGAAGCAGUUCUGGCCCGUCAGCCGUCCUCAAAGUCCUGCCCGAUUUAACAGCGCGGGUACCGCCGAGGGACUUCGUUCACCUACGACCCCAGGUACUUCUGGUACACCCAAGGAGUUUAUCACUGGAUACGCCCUCGGCCUUGUCGGUGGUGUUAGGGGAUGGAUGACCAAGAGCCGAACGAAUGUCGCCGAUGGCAGCCGACCUCCCAGUGACGAUGAGUCUGAAGAGAGCGAUGCCCACGCCAAGUCGCCAAAGGAGUCGUCAAACACCCCGACGGCGGUCGCUCCCUCCAAGCUGUAAACGGAGCAGUGUACAUUUAACUACAAAUGUGAGAGACAGGAUAAAAGCAUGUCCCGAUGGUAAAGGAGACAGGGUCACCGCAAAAGAGACGGCAGGUGUUUUGUGCAAUGGGCUUUGGAUUAUUACUUUAAUCAGUAUUUGGCUAUGCGCUUUAAUAAAGGGCCGGUAUACAUGGCGUUCCGGCUUCUGUUUAUGUAUUGGAUGCUCUUGCGGCUACGGAGACGUGUUAGCACGCUGCUGAGCCAGAGUCUUUUGUCUAGUACUACGUGUACAGCAGUGGGCGAAAUAAUUGGAAGAGAUUAUGUCUUCUUGAA